CCCUUGUCAAUUAAAAAUGUGAUACUUUUGCUCCAUUGAAAUUUGUCGCCCUCCUCCAAACCCCGAGACUAAGACCGUGGGAGGUUAUUCGGUCUCGGGGUUUAUUUAUAAGCAAAAUAUACGAUGUGAGACCCUCUUCGCUUUAUCAUCAUCGUCAUCAUUACACGUAGCUACGCACUUGUUUGGAUGACAUAGACGUAGACAUCGAACGGAAUAAUCCCAUUGUACGAAUACUCAACUAGUGCCUAGGUAUAUAAAUCGACCCCUCUAAAAGUGUUCAAUUCUUUGUUUCAUUUCACCUCCCUCCUUCUUCCCUCCUUCCUUCCUUUCCUCAUGUUCAAAACAUCCCUCAAUCGACUCUUCCAAUCUUCUAGUAAAAAAUACAUCGCUUCUCCGUCUCGUUUGACACCUACAUUCCACGCCACCACACGAGCCAUGUCAUCCUCCGACUCCCCCAACAGACCAAGCGGUCUCAUCGCCACAUCCGGCAUUGAGCUGCUCACGUGGGGAACCCCCAAUGGACAUAAAAUCAGCAUCUUGCUUGAAGAGCUCAAAGCCGCCUAUGGAAAGGAAUACACGUAUCAAGCGAUUAACAUCAUGGAGAAUAUCCAAAAGGAAGAAUGGUUCACGAAGAUCUGUCCGAAUGGCAGGAUUCCGGCGAUUGUGGAUCAUGAUCGUAACGGCUUUGCGGUGUUUGAGGGAGCGGCCAUUCUGGCCUAUUUGACGAGGAAUUAUGAUGUUGAGAGGAAGUUUAGUUUUGAGGAGGAGGAGGAUAGGAGUAGAGUUGAGCAGUGGGUUGCUUGGCAACAUGGCGGUCUCGGCCCCAUGCAAGGCCAAGCAAACCACUUCUACCGUCUCGCCAAAGAACGCAUCCCCUACCCAACCCAACGAUACAUUGGCGAAAGCGAGCGUCUCUACGGCGUCCUGGACGCCCACCUCGCCGACCGCGAGUACAUCGUCGGUCCCGGGAAGGGAAAGUAUAGUAUUGCCGAUAUUGCGAAUUUCAGCUGGGUCAACGUGGCUUAUUUCGCGGGGGUGGAUUUGGCGAAAUUUGUGAAUCUGGAGAGCUGGUGGAAGAGGAUUAGUGAGAGGGAGGCGGUGAAGAAGGGGAUUCGUGUGCCGAGUGAGAGUCGAUUGGUUAAUGAGGCCUUUAAGAAGAGGCUGGAGGAGGAUGCAGAGUUUAGAGAGGGAGAAGAGAAGUUGAAGAAAUUGGGGGAGGAGGCCAAGGAGAAGUAUGGGUAUAAGUAUGCUUCGCCUUGAUUUUGUCUUGGCUGGGGGUGAAUAGGUUAUUUGGAUGCGUGGAUGCAUGGAUGCAUGGAAUGUGAUAUUUCGAGAGGGAGAAAGAGAAUAAAAGGUCUAUUAUAAUAAUAAAAUUUAACAUAGAUUUGAUUUGA